UGCCAUUAAGAACAACGUGAUGGCAACACAAGAAAGUCAGCUGCAUGUUCACCUGUUCGACUGCGGGUCUUCUGGGCCUGUGGUCUCCCAGAUGCAUGAAGUCCGUGCAUACGGACCGUCUAAGCGUGAACUGGAUGGGCCUCACGCAGAAGGAGGUUCCUACAUCUUCCUUCAGGGCGUGCGGAGUGCCAGGCUGAAGCACACCGGGCUGCAGGAGAUCCCAGCAAUCCAGCUGGCCGUGGCUUUCCCUUGUCUGGACUACAGCAGUGGAGCCCUGACUGGUGACCUCUGUGAAGACCUGUGUGUGGCCCAGAAGCUGGUGUACAAACACUGCCUUUACUAUGACAGAGGUAAGAAGGUCAUGCAGGCUGACUGGAGAGGCCAGCCCAUCAUCCUGAAAUCCAAAAAGGAAAUCUUCUCCAGCUACCAGCAUCUCAGUAUGCUAGAGGAGAUGGAAACGCAGGAUAUUCCUGAAACAGAGCUUCUGCUGAUGGUAGCCUUGGAGGUCAAAAAUGUCCUGGGGCUAGAGCUGUCUAACAAUACCAUGGGGCCCCUGUGGACAAAGAAGAAGGGACCACGUUGGAAAGCGCAGGUGGCCAGCAUGUGGUCCUUGCUCCAGCAGGAAGAAUAUAUCUACUUCAGUUUGCUGCAGGACUUCAGCAAACACGUGCUACGAAUUAUUGGCUCUUGCGGACACUUUUAUGCCGUGGAGUAUCUCACAGCUGGACAUGCCUGGCACAAAACUCUUUUUCCCUUGGAAAAGGUGGUCGGUCCCUCCCUUGGCGGCCACAGAAGCAAGGUGAGAGCCAUCACGGACAUUGCGCUCAGCUUUCUGGACAUGGUGCAGCAUUUUGAUAAUGAUUUCUCUCACCGGCUUCACCUGUGUGACAUCAAACCAGAAAACUUCGCUAUCAGGCACGAUCUCACGGUGGUGGCCAUCGAUGUGGACAUGGCCUUUUUUGAACCCAAAAUGCGGGACAUCCUCGAACAGAACUGCACGGGAGACGAAGACUGUAAUUUUUUUGACUGCUUUUCGAAAUGCAAUCUGAAAAUCAGAAAAUGCGGAGCGCAGCGAGCCAAUAACAACUUGCAAGUCAUUUGUGACAAAAUAUUCCGGCGCUGGUUUUCCCCAAAUCUCAGAGGCCCGUCGGUUUCCUUCCCCGGGCAGCCGGAGCUGCAGAAGGCUGUGCAGGAGUGCGCCGAGCCGGGGCACGGGGACGCUGCCGGGCACCAGAGGACUCUGAAAUCUCUCUCCGAGUUGUACCGGCUGCUUCGGGACACUCAGCGAGAACUGCAAAGGGCAGAGUAG